CUGGGUAAGAUGCUGAAAUAAGGCAAAAAGGGGUUUGGUGGUGCAAAGUCAGUGCUGGGUGAGGAGUGAUGCUGGGGAAAUCAAAGCAGAGCCAAGCUGGGGAUAGAGCAUAUGCCAAGAUGGGGGGAGCUGGCCAGGACAGAUGGACGUAGGGUAUGGGGAGAGGCCUGACAGGACACAGCUCGCAUCUGCCAGAGCCUCCUUUCUUCCCUUGUGCCCACCUGCCUGUGUUUGACAUGGCAAUGCUCCCAGUGAUUCAUUAGCUCAUUUUGGUGUGUCCAGAUGAAAAUGAAGCAGUGACAUAAUCAAAAGCUGUAUGUUGGAAAAGGUGACGUGGGCACAUUGCCCUCAAAAUCAGCAGCAAAAGGCAGAGCAAGGAGCAGGGAUUAUGUGCUGGAUUUAGACAAAAUGAAAAUAAAUCAAAGUCAGAAAUCUAACAGCACAGGGAACAAGUCUGCUCUUGCAUUAACCCAAAGGAGUCCAUCAUCGCUGGUCAUUGCAGACAUCUUCCUGAAGCACGCACGAGGCUUUGCAGACGGGUUAGGGACUGUCUGCGGGAAUCGUGCCUUCUGUAAAAUGCGUUUUGCAGGUGACCGCAAGCAGGGGUGAUGGUCCCUGCAGGUUGGGAACUGAGGGCACUUCCACACCCCUCUCCCAGCUGGGAAGCAUGCUGCCCCACGAGCCCCCACCCUGCCCAGGCAUUGUACCAGCCCGGUCCUCCCUUUUCCUGUAGGUGGGGUUUCCAUAGGAAACACGGCUGGUCCACCUCCCGGCCCAGCCGGCCGGACGCCGCUCCCCGGCCGAAGCUGCGGCGGCGGCGGUCGCCUCUGCUCCGGGCUGAGCGUUUCAGCCCGGGGAGCAGCUGGCUCUCCCGGCUGUCCCCUGGCGAUGGCGAGGCGGGGGACAACCGCUGGACUCACUCGCCAUUUCUCCUCCUUUCCAACUGGUGGCCGGCGCCUAUGGGACUUGGAGAUGGGAGAGGAUGCUGAGGACUUGCGAUCACCGUAAGGACCAUUUGGGCAUGCGGCGGCAGGCGUGCCAGGGCAGCGGGGCGGUCGGCUUUGCCAGCAGCAUGCUGCUGCUGAGCCGUUCCGCUCUCCAUCUCCCAGCCUUGUGGUGGUACCUCUUCCUCUCCACCGAUGCCCAGGAGGUGGCCACGUUCACGGUGCAGUACCAGGUGUUUGAAGAAGUGCCGCUGGGAACAGUGAUAGGGACGCUGGCUGAGCACUUUGAGGGGGGCGAGAGUGGCGAAACAGCAGAAACCUUCCAGCUGAUGGAAACCCCCAGGAGGUUCCUGCUGCACGUGGGGAGCGGGGAUGGGGUGCUCAGCACAGCUGGGCGGGUGGACAGGGAGCAGCUGUGCCGGCACAGUGAUCCCUGCUGGGUCUCGUUCGAAGUGCUGACCGCCCGAAACCUGGCUCUGAUUCACGUGGAGGUUCAAGUGUUGGACGUCAAUGACAAUGCGCCACGGUUUCCCACGCCCGAGCUGGAGCUGGAGAUGUCGGAGAGCGCAUCCCUGCGGACGCGGAUCCCACUGGACCGAGCCCUGGAUGCCGAUGCCGGCCCCAACGCCCGCUGCUCCUACGCCCUCUCCCCCAGUGAGCACUUUGCUCUGGAGGUCGUCUCUAGCUCCGAUGGGACGAGGCACGCAGAGCUUGUUGUGGUUAAAGAAGUGGACCGGGAGCUGCACUCCUCCUUUGACCUCGUGCUGACGGCCGCUGAUCAUGGGGAGCCCCCCAAAUCAGGUACUGUUUUAAUUAAAGUCAUUGUCCUCGACUCCAAUGAUAACAGCCCCAUCUUUGCAGAGAGCUCUUUGAUGGUCGAGGUUCGGGAGGAUGCUCUGCCCGGGACCCUCCUUGUGACGGUCACAGCUACCGACCCCGACCAGGGUCCCAACGGGGAGAUCGAGUACAGCCUGAGCAAGCACGCGUCCCCAGAGGUGCUGAGCGCUUUUGGCAUCGAUGCCCGCACGGGCAGCAUCAUCCUGAAGCACCCGCUGGACUACGAGGAAACCCACGCCUAUGAGCUGGAUGUGCAAGCCCGGGACCUGGGCGCUAACCCCAUCCCAGCACACUGCAAGAUCCUGGUCAGAGUCCUGGAUGUCAACGACAACGCUCCCGACGUCCACGUCACCUGGGCUGCGCGGGCACCCGUGCUCUCUGAAGCCCUCCCCAAAGACAGCUUUGUGGCUCUGGUGACGGCCAGCGACCCCGAUUCGGGAAGCAACGGGCAAGUGCAUUGCUCCCUCACUCAAGGGUAUGAGCACUUCAGGCUGAAGAGGACCAACAGCCACAGCUACGUGCUGAUGACCAACGCCAUGCUGGACAGGGAGCUGCAUGCCGAGUACAACCUGACGUUGGUGGUGCAGGACCAGGGUGAGCUCUCCUUGGCCGUGCUGAAGCACCUCACUAUCUGCAUCAGCGACGUCAACGACAAUGCGCCCUCCUUCGAGAAGGCCACCUACGAGGUCGCUGUUGCCGAGAACAGCGAAGCACCUGCCUUCUUGCUCGCCGUCCGUGCCACUGACCCCGACCUGGGUUUCAAUGGGAAAAUCACCUACAGUAUCCUGGAUUCCUCUGCUUUGGGUCUGGUCUCAGUCAACCCCACCAGUGGGGAUGUUUUUGCCCUCCAAGCUUUUGAUUAUGAGCAGGUGAGGAGCCUGGAGUUCCUGGUGACCGCGGAGGACGGUGGUCACCCCAAGCUGGCGUCCAACGUUUCCGUCAGGCUGGCUGUGCUCGACCAGAAUGACAACGCACCCAUCAUCACCAUGCCGGCACUGGUGGGAGGUGCCGCCACACUCUCUGUCCUGGUCAAUGCAGAGACAGGGUGCUUCUGGGUGGCCCCCGGGAACGGGAGCACCCAAGGGACUGCAGCAGUGACCAACGCAACGCUUGUGUCAUGUGCCGGCGCUCCCUUCCUCUUCACCAUUGCGGCCAGGGAUGUGGACUCUGGCAUCAACGGGGCUCUCCGGUAUGAUCUGGUGGGUGGGGAUGAUGCUGGGCUCUUCAUCCUGGACCCUUUCUUGGGGCAGGUCUUCCUCAACGCCAGCAAUGCCAGCAGCCUCGCUGGCAGCGAGCGGGAGCUGGUGGUCCGGGUGAGCGAUGAGGGGGACAUCCCCCUGCACACCCUGGCCCGGGUCCGCUUAGUUUUCCGGCAUCAUGGGGCAUUCUCCAAAAUCUCAGCCCAAGAUCCCAGGUGGCUGAGCCCGUCAGUGGUGGUCAUUAUCUGCCUGGCUGCUCUCCUGGGUGGGUGCCUUCUCUUUUUGGCUUUAACCCUGUCUUUGCGUAAGAAGGAGAAGAAGGACAGCAUGGCCUACAACUGCAGGGAGGCAGAGGAUGCCCGCAGGCAGCAGCAGCUCAAGAAGCCGCACAGGCAGAUCCAAAAGACGGACAUCCACCUUGUCCCACUGCUCCGGGGCCGGCCGCGGGAGGCUGAGGCCCCUCGUCCCUUCCAGGAGGAUCUGCCCUGCACAGCCGCCCCUGUGCUGGGGGGGUCCCCACAGGCUCCCCUCCACCUCACCCCCACUCUCUACAGGACCCUGAGAAAUCAGUCGACCCCAGAAGACUCAGAUGAGCAGCAGGGGACCUUCAACCUGCCCAUCCUGCAGCGCCGCCCCUGCCAGCCCCACAGACCAAAAAAUUCGGCAAAAGAGGCUGCGAGUCCCUCGGAUGCACCGUGGGACUGCAAGAGCUUGGUGAAGCCACCGCAGGGGCCUGUGGGAGAGCCCCCACUGCCACCCAACCAGCCUGCAUGUGCUGGGGGACCUGGGCAGCCCCAGCCCCACCAGCACAUCCUCAGGAGCCUGGUCCGGCUGUCGCUGGUGGCACUGGCGGAGCAGAGCCCCACCGGGGAGUUUGCGAUGGAGUCAGCCCCAGUGCAGCAAAUCUCCCAGCUGCUCUCCCUGCUGCACCAGGGCCAGUUCCAGCCCAAAACAAACCACAGGGGGAACAAGUACACGGCCAAGAACGGCAGCAGGGCUGCGGGGCUGGAUGCUGACUGCCUGAGCACGAAGGACAGCGGGCAUGGUGAGAGCGAGGCAGAGGACCGUGAUUCGGAGAGCGGGUUUGAGCUCUCCGUGCAGCAGCUGGUGGGAGAGGAGCUGGAGACCCUCCUGGAGCCGCAGGCAGAGCUGGCCCUCAAGAGGCUGACGGCUGCUGACCCAGCAUGGGUGGCUCGGCUCUCCUUGCCGCUCACUAGUAGUUACAAGGACAACGUCUUCUCCCCUGACUCUCCGCAUUCACCUCAGGAUGAGGACGCUGCAAGGCAGGAGCAACCAAGGACCUUUGAGACCUUCGGCAAAGGUGCUGGGGCUGACUCGAAUGCCGCUGGGACAAGACUGGCCAGCACUUUCCUUUCAGAAAUGAGCACCCUCUUUGAAAUGAUUUUGUCCCAGAAAGUCCAAGUCCACAAUGAAACAGGCUCAGGGCUUCUGCGGCAGCUGUCGGCACAUGGGAAGAGCCUUGGACUGGAAGACGGUGCUCCUGUUCUGUAGGCAGCUUGGCGGCUGUGAUAAGGAGACAAGAGUCAGACAGAGCUGCUUUCUGCAUGUGGGGGGCACAUGUGUGCUUUAACAGGGUCAUUGUAUCAUCCAUGUCUAGACUGAUCACUACGGCCAUAUUUCUUCCUUUGCCUAACCCCAUCAAAUUUCUCCACGACUGAUUUCACCUUGUUUAGUUCCCUUCUACCUGCCUGUUCUUGCCUUCCUAGCUUUCCUCCUCUUCCACCCUCAGCUUUCACCUUACCAUCACACUCAAGUCACACAACAGCAGGAGGGCCCCUUCCUCCCAGGGCAGGCCGAUUGAUGGGGUGGUUAGAUUAACCACAAGCACAACACAGUCAGCUACAUUGCUGCGAUCAUAGACUGUGCACCACGGACAAAAUACCACAGUCGUGGACUUUGCAACGUGCUGCAGAGUUGGGCUCCAGGAUCUCGGUUCUUAUUUAAAUAAAAUUGGUUUUUUCUAACACUA